AUGGUGUUGCGACUUCUGACAUCACGCCUUUCUGGCAGGAAGGAGGGGAGCUGGGCUCGCGGGGGGGUACUGUCCCUGCUGGUGCGUCUGGCCUUUGCCACUGCUGUCUACUUAACAGUGAAAGUUUUAGUGUCUGCUAUGGACCCCACAGCUAAACAGAAGAAAGAUGCCAAAAGGAAGGCUCAGGAAGUGAUGCAGAGACUUGGUAUUAAGGAGAAACUAUCGUUUAACGAGUAUGAGAUGAUGAUUGCAAGUCAACUAGUGGAGCCGACACAAAUGUCCACGUCGUGGAAAGAUGUGGCAGGCCUCUCAUCUGUCAUUCGUGAGUUGCGAGAAACACUCAUAUUGCCCAUACAGCAGAGAAAUCGCCUACAAGCAUCCAGGCUUAUUCAGCCACCCAAAGGUGUGUUAUUACAUGGUCCUCCAGGCUGUGGCAAGACACUCUUGGCUCGUGCUGUUGCAAAGGAAGCUGGUUCUCGUUUCAUCAACCUAGAUGUUGCAUCGUUGACAGACAAAUGGUAUGGAGAGUCUCAGAAACUCUCUUCGGCAGUGUUCUCCCUGGCAUCAAAGAUUCAACCCUGCAUCAUAUUUAUUGAUGAAAUUGACUCGUUCUUACGUGUGCGUGCUUCUGGUGAUCAUGAAGCCACAGCCAUGAUGAAAGCACAGUUCUUGCAGCAGUGGGAUGGCCUGGCCACUGACCAUAGUCGCUGUGUCAUAGUUAUGGGUGCCACUAACAGACCACAAGAUGUGGAUCGUGCUAUACUUCGCCGCAUGCCGGCUGCUUUCCACAUUCCUCUACCAGUUAGUGGCUUAAUAUCCAUAUUUCUCUGCAAAUUCAUUGUUUCCAGCAUUUUUCUUAACAAACCAUAGUUUGCUAUCUCUCACUUUUCUCUUUGACAUCAAUCUGGUUCUGUCCCUGUGGAAGCUGAAACUUCGGCCAAUAUGCUGCUCCAUCAGCCGAUGGCACUGCUUGUUCCUUAGAGGAAACAAAACCAUUGUGAUACAGUUUGUGGCUUAUGAUUAGG